ACGUAAUGUGACGUCAUUACAAACAUGGCGGCGGACGAAAACGCCAACAUUGAACGCGAUAAGGAAAACAUGAUUCUUCUUAACAAGGAAAAGCCAUACGCGUACAUUAAAAGGAGAACAAACCAAGCAAAUAUGAACAUGAAGAAUGAGGUUUGUGAAAGACGCAGCACCACGGAGUACUGCUCAGAGCUCCAGGGCUGGAUGUGGCAGUACUACAGCGGCGCUGUGGGCUGGCAGAGCUGGGUGUCUGUGUGUGCUGCCAUGCCUCACUACCACCCUCUACUACACCCCGGGACCACCACGCCACACAAUGAGUUCACCGGCUUCGAUGCACAGAACUGGUACAACAACCCAUUUGGUCUGCCGUUGUCCACCUACUCGCCGGGUCUCCCCAGCCCCGCCGGGCCGACCGGGCUGCAGGCCCAGGGCAGCAGCUCCCUCCCGGCGGCCACACUGACCCAGCAACAGACCCCGGACCAGCGGAACGCACUCAGACCAGGUCGAGAGUAUAUCAUUCCUUCGCCCUUUCAGAGGCUUGUUGCUGAAAUGGUGGAUUUCUUCAUAUUGUUCUUCAUAAAGGCGACCAUCAUCAUCAGCAUCAUGCAUCUGAGUGGGAUGAAGGAUAUCUCCAAGUUUGCCAUGCACUUCAUAGUGGAGGAGAUAGAUGAGGACACCUCCAUGGAGGAGCUUCAGAAGAUGAUGCUUGUAGCCCUCGUCUACCGGGUAUUGGUGUGUUUUUACGAGAUUGCCUGUCUCUGGGGGGCGGGGGGGGCCACCCCGGGCAAACUCCUCCUGGGCCUCCAGGUGGUGAUGUGUGACUCUUCGGUCCUUGUACAGCCUCGCAUGGUCCUGGUGGUGCCGGCCACAGAGGUCUCCCUCUCUGCUUCCACCAUUAGAGCCCUGAACAAGAACUUCUCCAUCGCCUUCUUCUUCCCUGCGUUCAUCACGCUGCUGUUCUUCCAGCACAACAGAACUGUGUAUGACAUGGUGGCCGGCACCAUUGUGGUCAAGCGCACAGGAGCCAGAUGAUCCACAGUCGGACCAACACAUUCAGUCGGACAGAUGCUGCGUGCUAUUUAAUACAACACUGACCGUGUGGCUCAGUUUUAUCCUACGUUACAAUGAUUUACUGCAUGAUACAUGACUCCGAUGUGCGACCAGGGUGUCUGAGAUGAAACAUCCAUGUUCUUCAAUGAGAUUUUGUCUUUUUUUCUGAAAAGAUACCUUUUGACAUGCUGCUGAUUUUUUUCCUACAUGCAACUGUGUCUAAUAAUUUAAUUUAAUAACAUGCACUGGUUCUAUUGUAUGACGUAUAAAUCUUAAGACGCAAAGCCUUCUAGAUAGUCACAAAACAAAUCGAAACUUCACAUUAUUCCAGUAGAAGGGUGUUACUACUUUUGUUUUACUAUUGAAUGACAGGUCUGCAGUUUUGAAAUUCUUAAUUAGUACCUUGAAAUGUGUUCAAAUACAGACAGAAUCACUCUUUAAUAUGAUUAUAUCACAUGCAUACAUUUAUACUGCCUUUAAUAUUAUAUGAUGUAUGGCUUUUUGUAAUAUUUGUAAUGACGCCACUAAACCUUCUCAGUCUGACCGUUGUCAUUAAGUAUGCAUGCCAUGUAAUACUUUAUUUGUAUGCCACUCAUAAAAAUAGUAUUUAUUUAAAAAUGUUAGCAAAUGUAGUGUAAAGGUUUUAUUUCAUUACUGUAACAACAGUAAAACCAUGUAUUCCAUUUAUUAUAGCAUCAAAAUGGUACUUGAUAUUUAGUACGUUUGGAUCCUCUUUGGUUUACCCACUGCCAAGCUCAUCUUGCUAUAUCUGAAAAUUAUUCUAUUUUUGAUCAAGUUGCGUUGUCAAAAAAAACGCAUAAUGUUUGUCUACAGUUUACAAAGUAAUAUUGAUUAUACAUUUAAUGCAGAUCAUUUAACAUUUAUUUUUCAUUUAAAUCUUAAAUAAAGAGAAUUGUCUUAUUGGAGCUAAAUAACUUAAUAUUGUUCUAUUUGAUAUUUUCCCAAUGUAUGGUAGUGUUGUAAGGAGAUCGCUACACAAGACCUAUUGUCUAGCAUCGAUUGUAUGAUCUUUCAAAUGUCCGGGACACAUUUACAUCCCUUUAGUUUAUUUGCCCAUGAUUGUAAUCGUAAGUAGUCCCUCAGAAAUUAUUCUUGGCCUUGAAAUACUAGAACCCUUUGAUACACUGCAAAUCACCCUGAGACCCCCCAACUAAAUGGAUUUCAGGUGGUGUCUGGCGACAUCUAGUGGUGGGUGAUUAGGCAUAUUUAGUUGAUAAUUAUAUUUACGAGAUAUACACUUCUUAAGAGACGGUUGAGCAGAAGACUUUAAUUUUAUCAAUGAUAAUUAGGCAGGUGCAUAUAAUUCCCAAAUACAGCCCUUGCAUCUCUUCCUCCGUCUACCUGUCCUCCAUUCAUUUGUUAUUCCAUCAUUUGAUUGAUUUGUAGGGGACAACCCCUGUAUUAAAAGAAAAUGGAGAGAAUAAAAUAA